CCAGCUCUGUAUUUAAGACGCCGUGAGAACUCACCUGUACGUCUUGUGACGUCAGAGCUAACAGCCUUUGGUUCCUGGAGAGACUAAGAGCCUUGCAGAGACCUUAAAGACUGGGAAAAGGUCGUCAGACUCUCCCAAGACACUUCUGGAAAAGUUCAGGAAAGCAUUAGAUCCAUCUAGUCUUAGUUACGACAGGUGUCACUAGGCAGGUGGUGUGUAUCUAUCUGUAGGGUCAGACCAGCCAUGGACGGAAGAGAACAGGAGACAAUGGAGGAAGACGAGGAGUCCGGGUCAGAGGAUUCCGGGUCUGAAGAGUCGAGUUGGAAGAAAAAGAAGGAAGACGAGAAGGAGCUGCGGGAGGCUGCAGAGGAAGGAGACACGGACAGAGUGAAGCAGCUGUUAGCGGAGGGAGUCAACCCUAAUGCUUGUGACCUUGUGCAAGACUCUCCCCUGCACAAGGCAGCCCUGAAUGGCCACCAUGAAACUGUGUCAGUUUUACUGACAGCUGGUGCAGAUGUGAACGCAGGGGACGUGUUGCAAAUCACGCCCCUGCACCGGGUAGCCGAGAAUGGUCACCAUGAAACUGUAUCAGUUUUACUGACAGCUGGUGCAGAUGUGAACGCAGGGGACGGGUUGGAAAACACACCCCUCCAUAACGCAGCUACAUAUGGCCACCCCAAGUGUGCGGAAAUACUGCUGCAGCACGGGGCUGAUGCCGGUCUCAGGAACAUGGUCAGUCGGUUCAUCGGCUUCUCUGAUGCUUAA